AUGGCUCCCAGUGCACCCCCGAUUCUCGAUUUCUCUUCCUUCUACGGCGGCGACAGCGCAGCCAAAGCCCAGCUGGUCGAGGCAGUUCGCAAUUCCUGCCUCUACAAUGGCUUCUUCCAGAUCACCGGUCAUCGCGUGCCCAUCGAAUUACAGCACCGUGUGAUGCGAUGCGCCCAGCGCUUCUUCGAGCUCCCUCUGGAAGAGAAGCUCAAAAUUGACAAAAACCACAACACCUUCAACCGCGGCUACGAACUCCUCCGCUCGCAGAUGCUCGAAGUCGGCACCGGCCCCGAACUCAAAGAAGGUCUCUACAUUGGGCAGGAAAUCCCCGAGGACCAUCCCUACUACCUCCAGAAGAAGCUCAACAGCGGCCCGAACCAGUGGCCCCCGACCGUGGAGGACAAGGAGGAAUUUCAGCGCACCUCGAUGGAAUACUACAAUGCGGUGUUUGAUCUGGCCAAGGACGUUCUCGGUCUGCUGGCUCUGACUCUUGACGUGAACGAGGACUACUUUGACCCGUUGACCGACGGGGCGGUCGCAACCAUGCGAAUGCUGCAUUACCCGGCGCAGCCAAAAGACGCAGACGAGAAGCUGAACCGGGGGAUCGGCGCACACACCGACUUUGGAUGCAUCACCUUGCUUCUGCAGGAUGAAGUGGAUGGCCUGCAGGUUUUGGAUGCUCCCACUGGGGAAUGGCUGGAUGUCCAACCCGUCCCCGGCGCCUACGUGGUCAACCUCGGCAACCUGUUCAUGCGCAUGGCCAACGACCGAUACAAAUCCAACAUCCACCGCGUCAUCAACAAGUCCGGUCGCGAGCGUUACUCCAUUCCAUUCUUCUUCAGCGGAAACCCCGACUAUCUGUGCGAGUGUCUGCCCAAUUGCUGCGCGGAAGGCGAGGCGCCCAAGUACCCGCCCAUCACGGUGGAGGAUAUGGUAACGGCAUCGUAUAAGGAGAGCUACGGUCGGGCGGAGCAAUACAAGCGAGAGAUGGAGGAGAAGGCCAAGCUGAAGAUGGAAACGGUGUCUGCCACAGCGGCAGUGGAGCAAAAGCGGGAUGAAUCCCACGUGUAUUCCAACAGCAUCGUCGGCGAAGAGAAGGGUGUCGUUAUCGAUGACCCCGAAGUAGAGCAGUUCUAUGGCUCCUCGACAUCAGAGGCCUACCGGCUCAAGUCGGAACUGGUCGGGAAAUGCAUGGAGGAAAUAGGGAUGGGACGGUUUCAAUGGAAACUUUUUGUUGUGACUGGUUUUGGAUGGAUCGUUGAUAACUUUGCCUCGCAAGGCAUCAGUAGUGUUCAACCGGCCAUCGAACUCGAGUUUCCUGGCAUCGUGCAAGUUAGUUACAGUUCCGUGGCAUACUAUACUGGGUUGAUUCUGGGGGCGUCGUUCUGGGGUAUCUCGAGUGACUUGAUCGGGCGGAAACCGGCGUUCAACUCUACCCUUCUUCUCGCUGGGAUUUUUCUGUGUGGUGCUGCCGGGACGAUGAAUUUUGUGGCAUUUAGUGCCAUGUGGGCUGUCAUUGGGACGGCUGCUGGGGGAAAUGUUCCUGUGGAUUCGAUGAUCUUCCUUGAAUUUGUGCCUGGAAGUCACCAAUACCUUCUCACGGCAUUAUCGGCAUGGUGGAACCUCGGCCAGUUGAUCGUCUCGCUACUUGCCUGGGUCUUCCUUGCCAACUUUGCCUGUCCGAGUGAUUCCACGCCAGCGACCUGCCAUCGCAGCGAGAACAUGGGAUGGAGAUACACACUCAUCACCCUCGGCGCUCUCUCCUUAGCCUUCACCUGCAUCCGGUGGUUCGUCUUCAAGCUGCCCGAAACCCCCCGAUAUCUCCUCUCCAAAGGCAAAGACCAAGCCGCCGUCGACGCCGUCAACUACGUUGCCCGUGAAAACGGCAAACCCGAACCCUUAACCAUCGGCAUGUUUCAAGAGAUCGACGCCCGACUGGGCAUCACACAGGGUGAAUCCACAGAAGGCCCGGGUCUCACAACGAAGCAAAUCAUCCAAGAGAACAUGAAAGACUUCCGCUCAACCCACUACCAGGCCCUCUUCGCUACCCGCAAACUGGGCAUCCACACCACCAUCAUCUGGGUUAUCUGGCUUACCAUCGGCAUCGCCUACCCCCUCUACUUCAACUUCCUCCCCUCCUACCUCGACACCAAAUUCUCCUCCAACUCAUCCCUCUCCACCACCUACCGAGACUACUGCAUCGAAUCCGCUGUCGGCAUCGUCGGGCCUAUCUCCGCCGCAUACCUCGUAACUACCUUCUUCGGUCGGCGUUGGAUGAUGGGUAUAUCGUCCAUCGUGACGGGCGUAUUCCUCUUCGCGUACGUGGGCGUCAACAGCCCGACAUCCAGUCUAGCUUUUGCAUGCAUUACUGGAAUGCUAGGCAAUUUUGGUACUUCCCCUCCCCUUCCCCCGCUCCUUCAUCAUCCCAGGGUUAAUGAAGUGAUAGAAUACGCAAUCAUGUACGCCUUCACGCCCGAAUCCUUCCCCGCUCCGCAUCGCGGCACGGGAACGGGUACUGCGGCAUCGCUGUUGAGGUUUGGUGGUCUGUGUGCGAGUUUGAUUGCUUCGCAGACGGGGUUCACUACCGCUCCAAUCUAUGCCUCUGCGGCGUUGUGGGUGGUUGUUGGGGUGGUGUGUUUUGGGUUGCCGUUUGAGACGCAUGGGCAUGCGGCUAUUUAGGUUGGAUGUUUGGUGGGGGUCUCGGUGGGGUUUGAUACUGUGGGGAUGGGGAAUGAGUGUCUUGGGUAUAUGGAUUGCGG